AUGCCUAGAAAGAAGUCUGCGGCUAAGAAGGCUAGAGAAGAUGCUAAAAAACUUGAGGUGAAAUCCCAAGGGGGAGAUUCGGCUAACAAACCUCUUGCUGGAACAGCUAAUGAAGAUUUUAGCGGUAAUGGGAGUGAAGACUCAAGCUCUGAAGAAGAGGAUGACUACGGUGAGCUAGUCACGGAUGAGGUUGAAAGUGGGAUUAACCAGGUGUUGGCCGCCAUCAAAAGCAACGACAAAGCGUUGUUCGACCCAUCGGUGCGGUUCUUCGAAGAUCCAGAUAAAAGUGUAGGAGACAAGGCCAAAAAGCGGAAGGAAAAACCAAUGUAUUUGAAAGAUUACCAUAGAAUGAACAUUCUUUCGGGUGAGACCUUUAAAAACGACGAGGAGGGAGACACUCCGAUGGGGACCGUUGAUGGUAAACAAUCAUUCGUUGCCCAACAGAGCGAGGAGAAAUCUCAGCUUUUGAAUGAAAUCAAAGAUCAGUUCAAAGAGGCUGACGACGAGGAUGUGGAGGAUGACGAUUUUUUGGUGCAGAAAAAACCCACGAGAUCCACGAAGCUCUCUAAAAAAGCAUUACCUGACCCCGAAGUUAACGACGAAGACUUUUUACAGGCGUUUGUUGGAAGUCAAGCCUGGAUACCACAGCAAGGUGACAAAGUUAUCAACCUAGAUGGUCCUGGUGCGAAUGAUGAUGAAGAAGAAUUCGAAGAUGCCGCGGAGCAAUUCGAAAAUGCCUAUAAUUUCCGUUAUGAAGACCCAAAUGCAGCAGAAAUUGUGUCGUAUGCACGUAACCAAGCUACGCUAAGAAGAUCAGAGAACACUGCUCGUAGGAGAAAAAGGGAUGAGGAAAAGCGAGAAGUAUUGGCAGAGAAGGAGGAAAAGGAAACUGCAAUCCAGAAGAAGAAAACCGAGAAAGUUAACAAACUCACUGAUGUCUUAGAACAAGUUAAAAAGGAAUAUGGGGCCGAUAUUGAUGAAGCCAUGGUAAAAAAACUAACUAGCGCCUUGAUAAAUGGUGACUUCAAAGAUGACCAAUGGGACUCUGUCGUUGGCGAGCUAUUCAACGAAGAGUACUACAAUCAAGAGUCGAAACCUACUUGGGAUGAAGAUGAUGAAAUAAUGGGGGAGUUUUACACUGCUGAACAAGAACAUAGUGAAGACGAAGAAGAGCCGCUUAAAAAAAAAUCCAAGAAGCAAAAAAAAGAGGAGAAGUCCUCCAAGAAGAGGGAAAAAAGAAAGUUACCGAGAUGGUAG